CAGGUACUCCUCAGCAGCUGCCGCCAGUGGCCCGCGGUGGCGGCGCGGGAGCCGGAGGUCUUCGUAGAUUUCUCCGGGCGCUCCCAUGGAGCAGGCGGCGAGGACGGCAGCGGCUCCGGAUGUUCGCAUUUCCCCUCGGACGGCGACGAAGGCGGUGGCGGCGCGGACGCUGGAGGAAGCGGCCUGUUCGGGGGUGUGAGCGGAGGCGCCCGGGGCCGGCCUGUCCUGCGGACGGGGUGAGGUGCUACUUCCGUUCUGGCAGCGCCUCCGGCCGACCUGUAGGCCCGCGGCCCAGCUGAGGGCGACCUGCUUCCCCACCUGUUCCUUCCGUGGGGUGGGUCACGUUGCCGCGCCGUUCAUCCCUCGUGGGCUCCGUCCGGGCCGCGUGUUCUCCCAAGUUCUCCGCAGUUGUUGUCUGUGGCUUGGGUGGACCUACUCAGCCAACCCUGUACAUCUUAAAUGGGAAUAAAGAGUAGCAUUUCUAAGGAAAUGAAAGUGAACAAAUCAUCUCUUCUUUUCAAAAGAGAGACCGUGUUGAAUGUACAUAUUUGAAGACUGCAUCAUCCUGCCUCUAGUACCAGCAGUUUCUGUAUUCUCUGAUCAAUGUGAUUCACAGGAAGUUCUUAAGUAACAAACGAAAUGAGCCCGGGUCGUGGAAAAUAUGACUUUUAUAUUGGUCUGGGAUUGGCUAUGACCUCCAGCAUUUUCAUUGGAGGAAGUUUCAUUUUGAAAAAGAAAGGCCUUUUGCGACUUGCCAGAAAAGGUUCCAUGAGAGCAGUGGGAGCAGGUGAGGUGGCCAACUUCGCUGCAUAUGCAUUUGCACCAGCCACACUAGUGACUCCGCUAGGAGCUCUCAGCGUCCUUGUAAGUGCCAUUCUUUCUUCAUAUUUUCUAAAUGAAAGACUUAAUCUUCAUGGGAAAAUUGGGUGUUUGCUAAGCAUUUUGGGAUCUACAGUAAUGGUCAUCCAUGCUCCAAAAGAAGAAGAGAUUGAGACCUUGAAUGAAAUGUCACAUAAGUUGGGUGAUCCUGGUUUUGUGGUCUUUGCAACUCUUGUGGUCAUUGUGUCCUUGAUACUAAUCUUUGUGGUAGGACCUCGCCAUGGACAAACAAACAUCCUCGUGUACAUCACAAUCUGCUCUGUGAUUGGAGCAUUUUCCGUCUCCUGUGUGAAGGGCUUGGGCAUCGCUAUCAAAGAGCUGUUGGCUUCGAAGCCAGUGUUGCGGCAUCCCCUGGCCUGGAUCCUGCUGCUGAGCCUUGUGGUCUGUGUGAGCACACAGAUUAAUUAUUUAAACCGAGCUCUGGACAUAUUCAACACGUCUAUCGUGACUCCCAUCUAUUAUGUAUUCUUUACAACUUCAGUUUUAACUUGUUCAGCUAUUCUUUUUAAAGAGUGGCAACACAUGCCUGUUGAUGAUAUCAUUGGGACUUUGAGUGGCUUCCUCACUAUCAUUGUGGGGAUAUUCUUGUUGCAUGCCUUUAAGGACGUCAGCUUUAGUCUUGCAAGUCUGCCUGUGUCUUUUCGAAAAGAUGAAAAAGCAGUGAAUGGCAAUCUCUCUAGUAUGUAUGAAGUUCUUAAUAAUAAUGAAGAAAGCUUACCCUGUGGAGUUGAACAACACACAGCUGAAAAUAUCUCCCGGAGAAAUGGAAAUCUAUCAGCUUUUUAAGAAAGAUACGAUUAAAAGGUUAAUCUAGAAUUCUGUUAUAAAGUGAUUUUGAGUAUCAGAAUGUGUCCGAAAAAGCAUUGUCUUCAGUGCUUCUCUAAAGACAAUCUUUUUAAAAGUUUCAUUAAUUUGGACCAAGAAAUUACUUUUCUUAUAUUUAAAAAUGGUAGUUUAAAUGAGGUCACUUAAGAUGACCCCAGUUCAUGGCUGAUUUCUAUUAAUAUUGUAUUAUUGUAGAGGUAUUUUACAUUUUGAUUCUUUCUCCAAAAUCUAAAUGCACUAAUACAGUUUUAAGUCUAUAAAAAUGCUUUAUUUUUUCAUUGGUGAUGAAAGUCUGAAAUGUGUAUUUGUCAUCCCAGCCUAUCAGUCCCUGACCAUACAUGACUUUUUGAUUGUGCGAAAGAACAAAAUUAUCCCAAUACAUUAUCCUCUGGUUUACCUUACCUAUCAGAUUGACUCCUGUUUGGUGAAUUACUUUAAUUUUGAAAUAUAAGGCCAAGAAAAUCUUCGCUUUACCAUUGAAGAAAACUUGUUAGCAAAAGGGAUAGGAUCCCAUUCAAGGUCACAUUUGUGGUGUGCCAGCAUUGUCUGGUUUCCUGUGUGUUGCAUCUGAUGGGCUUCUUCAGGAAGAUCUCCCCUUGUUCAUUGAGUAUGCCCUCCAUGUUCAGGGCCGAGUCCCACUGCAGCCUUAAUUCGUUGGUCGAUGCCUGGAAUUACCAUUUUACAUCAACUUUUGUACUUUCAUAAUGAGGUAAUAUAUUGCAGACCUUUUAACAACACUGGGAAAUGAAAUCAGAAGACCAGUGUACUUAAGUUAGCUCAUAAAAAGACAAUGAAACGAAGUCCGGGUACUUAGAACAGACUUCAGUGUUGAUGAUAUGUUAUCUUUGUACCAAAUAUUUGAGGUAUAUUUUUUUUACUGUUACGUUUUUGUCCUUUAGGAAGUGUUUAUGAAAAAUUUGUGGAAAAUUUCAAAUCCAUACGCAUAAAGACAGGACAAUAAACAGCAUAAUAAGCUGUUUCACAUCCACUUA